GUUCGAGGCUUCCAGAAAGCAGCCGUCGCAGCCGCGCGCAGCCGCCUUCCUGCCCGCCUUCUUCCUUCUGCGGCCUUGUGCCUGCUGCUACCAUGCUGAACGCCGCCCGCCUGCUCGUUCUGCGCCGCGGAGGGGCCGCCGGGCCUGCCCAGGUUGUCUGGAAUGCUUUGAGUCAAGAUAGUCUCAGAAAUGUAACAAGCAGGAAGUAUGCAUCUGAAGCAAUCAAAGGUGCUGUUGUGGGUAUUGAUCUUGGCACAACCAACUCUUGUGUGGCAGUCAUGGAAGGAAAGCAAGCCAAAGUACUAGAAAACUCAGAAGGUGCCAGGACAACCCCUUCUGUUGUUGCAUUUUCAGCUGAUGGUGAGCGACUGGUUGGCAUGCCAGCCAAACGACAGUCCGUAACUAAUCCCCACAAUACUUUCUAUGCUACCAAGCGGCUAAUUGGGCGGCGAUAUGAUGAUCCGGAAGUGCAGAAAGACAUCAAGAAUGUUCCUUUUAAAAUUGUCCGUUCCUCUAAUGGCGACGCCUGGGUAGAAUCUCAUGGAAAGCUGUAUUCCCCAAGUCAAAUUGGUGCCUUCAUAUUAAUGAAGAUGAAAGAGACUGCAGAAAACUACUUGGGGCAUCCAGCAAAAAAUGCUGUUAUCACAGUCCCUGCUUAUUUCAAUGAUUCUCAACGGCAGGCUACUAAAGAUGCUGGACAGAUUGCUGGAUUGAAUGUUUUGAGAGUGAUCAAUGAGCCUACAGCUGCAGCACUGGCCUAUGGCUUAGACAAGGCUGAAGAUAAAAUUAUUGCAGUGUAUGACUUGGGUGGUGGCACUUUUGAUAUUUCUAUCCUGGAAAUUCAGAAGGGAGUCUUUGAGGUCAAAUCCACCAAUGGUGACACAUUCUUGGGUGGUGAAGAUUUUGACCAGGCCUUAUUGCGGCAUAUUGUAAAAGAGUUCAAGAGGGAUACAGGUGUUGAUUUAACUAAAGAUAACAUGGCUCUACAAAGAGUGAGGGAAGCUGCAGAAAAGGCAAAGUGUGAACUUUCUUCUUCAGUCCAGACUGACAUUAACUUGCCAUACCUUACAAUGGAUGCUUCAGGACCAAAGCACUUGAACAUGAAGCUGUCCCGGUCUCAAUUUGAGGGGAUCGUGACUGAUCUGAUCCGGAGGACAAUAGCUCCUUGCCAGAAAGCCAUGCAGGAUGCUGAAGUCACCAAGAGUGACAUUGGAGAAGUGCUCCUGGUCGGUGGCAUGACCAGAAUGCCAAAGGUGCAACAGACCGUACAGGACAUGUUUGGUCGGGCUCCUAGCAAAGCAGUUAAUCCAGAUGAGGCGGUUGCCAUUGGCGCUGCCAUUCAAGGAGGCGUGUUGGCCGGUGAUGUAACUGAUGUGCUGCUGCUGGAUGUGACUCCCCUUUCCCUGGGAAUUGAGACUCUCGGGGGAGUCUUCACUAAGCUCAUCAACAGGAACACCACUAUUCCAACCAAGAAAAGCCAGGUGUUCUCUACAGCAGCUGAUGGACAAACUCAGGUGGAGAUCAAAGUCCAUCAGGGUGAGAGAGAAAUGGCCAGUGACAAUAAACUGCUCGGCCAGUUUACUUUGGUUGGGAUUCCACCAGCUCCAAGGGGAGUGCCCCAGAUUGAGGUCACCUUUGACAUUGAUGCCAAUGGAAUUGUUCAUGUGUCUGCCAAGGAUAAAGGCACAGGACGGGAGCAACAGAUCGUGAUCCAGUCUUCUGGAGGUCUUAGCAAAGAUGAUAUUGAGAAUAUGGUGAAGAAUGCAGAGAAAUACGCAGAAGAAGACAGGCGAAGAAAGGAACGUGUCGAAGCUGUAAACAUGGCAGAAGGAAUAAUCCAUGAUACAGAAUCCAAGAUGGAAGAGUUUAAAGAUCAGUUGCCUGCUGAUGAGUGCAACAAGCUGAGAGAAGAAAUUGCGAAAAUGCGUGAGCUGCUCGCUCGUAAAGAUAGCGAAACAGGGGAGAACAUCAGGCAGGCAGCCUCCACUCUACAGCAAGCAUCCCUGAAACUUUUUGAAAUGGCCUACAAAAAGAUGGCAUCAGAGCGGGAGAGUUCUGGGAGCUCCGGGGAUCAAAAAGAAGAAAAGCAAUAACUUCUAUAGACUGCAGCAGGAAGAGGACAGUGUUCCAAAGCUUAGGAGGCAAAGGACCUUCCUGAGCAGCUGUGGGCAAAUUUAUUUCUUACUGUGUUUUUGCAGUAUUCUAUACAUAAUUUCCUGAAUGUAUACAUUUAGUGAUGGUGUCAACUAGUGAAAUUACCUGAUUUAAAAGAAAAAAAAUUAAUGCAAGACAGCUCCCUAGGGUGAAUGACAUUUUCCAAUUCAGCCAAAAGAUCCAUGGAGCUCUUCUGAGUAGAAGGGGGAAAACAGUGUGGUAAUUUCUGAAGGCUUAGAAACUGUGGCACUAAUGCAAGGUGGGGCAGCUAGGAUUCCUGUUGCCAGGACUGCUUGAGUUUCACCCUUAAUAAUGGAUGCUCCUUUUGGGAAGAGGUUUCUGCUUCAGUAUGAGGGGAUUUUAAUAGGGCCUGGGUUUAGUUGAGGCUGGGCAAACUGCUCGGAUAGAGUGUGUGUAGCCCUGCACCUUAGGGCUUAGCAUCGUCAUCUCAAAGGAGGUGGAUUGUUUUAAUGUAGCUGUAACUAUAAGGCUAGUCUGAAGUGUCAUGCACUGCUUCCCUGCUCUUGCCUAGUGUCAUUUUCUCCUUGCAGAAAAAAGGCUUCCCUUAUUAAAAAAAUAAAAAUCUUUCUUGAUCUA